AGAUUUCGGUGGGUAUUCAAUUCUACACGUCUAUUUUAGAGGGAGGAGCGAAAUGCUCCAGUAAGCCCAUUGGCAACGCGUCGGGAAGGGAAAGAGAGGAAACUGCUGCACACAUGACAUUUUCUGACACUUUGCUCGUUGAUUGGGUCAGGAGACGUUUUGCCGCAAUUAAAAGACACGCAAAGAGGAAACCAAUUACACUGCGGACUAAUUCACCGCCAUGAAAGCGCAGGAGCUUCCCAGAUAAAAGCGUAGAACUGCGGGCCAUCGAAAAUUGACGAGGGGGUUGCGUAGGUUAUGUUUUAAAUGGCGAAUAACCGCACCUCCUUUUCCAUUCACAACAUAUUAAACGGAGGAUUUGAUUGCGAGAAAAAUGCCGGAUUUGAUGAGGAAUACGCAGAAGAGCAGGAGGCGCGGGGUUGUUCAAGCUCUUCUCUGCCGGUGGGGAACGCUGGAGCUGAGAGCAUUUCUUCCUGUGUGCUCGUGCUGGACUCCUCAUCCUCCGACCAGCAUUCAUGUGAGGAAGGAUCAACGGGAGGAGAAGACAACUCACUAGAAAGACAGCACGAUCACGACAAGGACCAAGAGAAACCACAGAGCUGCAACUGUGAAGACAACCCCAAAUCCAGCAAAAAAAGGUCGCGGGCAGCGUUUUCUCACGCACAGGUGUAUGAGCUGGAGCGCCGCUUUAACCUGCAGCGGUACCUGUCCGGUCCAGAACGGGCCGACCUGGCAGGAGCGCUCAAACUGACCGAGACACAGGUGAAGAUCUGGUUCCAGAACAGGAGAUACAAAACUAAACGGCGACAAAUGGCAGCCGAGCUCGCGACAACUCCCACGACAACCCUGGCAAAGAGAGUGGCAGUGAAAGUACUGGUGAGAAACGACCAGAGGCAAUACAACACCGAGGAGCUGCCCAGUCCGUCUGUUCCUCCAUUAUACCAGUCAUUCCCUUACUAUCCUUACAUGUUCUGCUUCCAGCCGUGGGUCUCAGGAAACACUUUAAGUGGUGGUCUGUACUGAUUUACCGGAGCU